UGUUGCGCUACCUGUGUGUUAUCCAGGAUUAUACUCAGGGCAGUCAUUCCUUUUAUUUGAAAGAAGAUCGUACAAUGGCGGGUUUGUAUCCGUACUCCAUACAUGCUGGAAAACGGAAGCGUCCCUCCACAUUCAAGGAGGCAACACGGGAGUGACACGUGAAGCAGGCGUUGUCCAGCGCCAACAAAGGCAAAUGCAGACCUCCGAAUUGAGCAUCCAGUGCCAAAAUCUUCAGCCAGUGGGCAUCCCGCCUCACCCUGCUGUUUCAGCCAGGCCUGCAUCGUGAACGACGCCGACUCUUGUCUUUCUUGCGUCUCUUUUCUUGUACCUUGCUUUUCCUUUUGUCCGCUCUUUUCUUAUCUGGCCUCUUCGCUCUUUCCUACCCGCCCUCUUCGGCGUCCACUUUCUCUGCCAACAAACAGUCAACGCGUCUAACCUGCCAAGGACGGCCCCGCUCCCCGACAUGGUGUUGCACUCGGACAUGGACCCGGGCAAGGGUCCGGAAAACCCGGUGCGGCCCGAAGCGGAGACCGAGCUGGAGGCCGGAGACAUCCCGUCGACCCAGGAGAUUGAUUUUGUCACGCUCGGCAUGUUCAUUAUUGAUGAAAUCGAGUUUAUCCCGCCCAAACCCCCAGUCCAUGAUGUCCUCGGCGGUGCCGGCAGCUAUUCGGCCCUGGGCGCCCGCCUCUUCUCGCCACCGCCUUCCUCCAAAACGGUCGGUUGGAUCGUCGACCAAGGCUGCGACUUCCCGCCCUCCAUCACGGUCCAGAUCCAGACCUGGCAGACCUCGGCCCUCUUCCGCCACGACCCGUCCCGGCUCACCACCCGUGGAUGGAACGGCUACACCGACGCCUCGGAGCGCCGCGCCUUCCGCUACACCACCCCAAAGAAGCGUCUCACCGCCAUGGACCUGACCCCGCCUUUACUCUUCGCCAAGGCCAUCCACCUCAUCUGCAGCCCGCGCCGGUGCCAGGACCUCGUCGCGUCCAUCCUCGCCCGCAGGCGGGACGCCGACCCGGACGGCGACCACCCGCGCCCGCUCCUCAUCUGGGAGCCCGUGCCGGACCUGUGCACGCCCGACGAGCUGCUCAAUUGCACUAACACGCUGCCCCUCGUCGACGUGUGCUCGCCCAACCACGCCGAGCUCGCCGGCUUCAUGGGCGGCGACGGCCUGGACCCGGACACCGGCGGCCUCAGCGUCCAGGCCGUCGAGCGGAGCUGCGAGCAGCUGCUGGCGAGCAUGCCACUGCAGAGCUACACGCUCGUGAUCCGGGCCGGCGAGAAGGGGUGCUAUAUCGCGCGAAACGGCGGGCGCAAGAAGAAGGUUGCUGCUGCUGCAAGUGAUGAGGUGGAUGGUGAUGGAGGUGAGGGCAGGAACAGACUGAAGAAGAAGAAGAAGGAGUAUGUCCGCGGUGGGCUCAGGCCCGACACCGACAUGGAGGCGCUGUUUGCCGGGUUGAUGCAGGACGAUGAGGGGCGUGUGGCGAGGGAGGAGAUCGAAAUCGAUCCCGGGCUGGAGAAGUGGGUGCCUGCCUAUUACGGCGAGGGGUAUGCCGGAGAUGAGGCGGAGAAAGUGGUUGAUCCCACCGGAGGUGGUAAUACAUUCCUCGGUGGGCUGGCGGUGGCUUUGGCGAGGGGAAAGUCGAUUGAAGAGGCGUGUGCCUGGGGACAUGUGGCGGCGAGUUUUGCCAUUGAGCAGGUCGGCUUUCCCGUGUUAGCUGUGGAUGAGGACGGAAGGGAGACUUGGAACGGCGUGAGGAUAGACGAGAGGCUGCGUGAGUUUCAAGAGCGUCUGUAAGUUGGAGGAUGGUAGGUAAUAUUAGAGACUCAAGCGCAUUGGAUAUUGCAGAAUUUGGCUUGACAGACCCGUAGAUAGGUGUCCUAAUAGACUAGCAACCAAGCGGCAUGACCAUG